GCUCUCUCUUGGAAUAUCAACACAAUGGCUUUCAAAUUGGUACUUGCCUUCUGCUUGGUCGCCGCAGUCUCCUGCGAUGUGUCCCAUCUCCGUAAACCAUACCAAGGACAAGACGCCGAGGUGAAAAUCCUUCGUCAAGACUCUGAAGUCAACCCAGACGGUUCCUACCAAUUCGCUUACGAAACUGAAAACGGCAUCUCCGCCCAGGAACAAGGACACAUCCAACAGAUCAACAAGGAUCAAGUAGCCAAGACCGCUCAAGGUUCUUUCCAAUACACCUCCCCCGAAGGUCAACCCAUCAGCAUCUCCUACGUUGCUGAUGAGAACGGUUACCAACCACAAGGAGAUCUCCCAACUCCACCACCAGUACCAGCCGCCAUCCAAAGGGCUGUUGACUACAUCCUUGCCCACCCACAACCACAAUACCAACCAGAACAACCAAAACACUUCUAAACCAAUAAUGACGAC